AUGGGCGUGUCCAGCCCGUGUAACGGAACCGUCACUUCCUGGUCUCGAGCGCGGACUUCGAUCAUCAGCAACCGUGGCCAAGAUUCCUUCGAGGACCAGCGCGCGAACGAAACCGUUACUUUCUGGUCUCGAGCGCGGACUUCGAUCAUCAGCGACCGUGGCCAAGAUUCCCUCAAGGACCAGCGCGCGAACGGAACCGUCACUUUCUGGUCUCGAGCGCGGACUUCGAUCAUCAGCGACGGUGGCCAAGAUUCCCUCAAGGACCAGCGCGCGAACGGAACCGUCACUUUCUGGUCUCGAGCGCGGACUUCGAUCAUCAGCGACGGUGGCCAAGAUUCCCUCAAUGACCAGCGCGCGAACGGAACAGUCACUCCCUGGUCUCGAGUGCGGACUUCAAUUAUCAGCGACCGUGGCCAGGAUUCUCUCGAGGACCACCACGACAAUUCUGCACGUGAAUCUACAAGGUCAGCAUGGAACCGCAACACGGUGUUGAUCGUCAAACGCCGAAGGCGAUCUUCAACACAGCCAACUUCGAUCAUCAGCGACGGUGGCCAAGAUUCCCUCAAGGACCAGCGCGCGAACGGAACCGUCACUUUCUGGUCUCGAGCGCGGACUUCGAUCAUCAGCGACCGUGGCCAAGAUUCCCUCAAGGACCAGCGCGCGAACGGAACCGUCACUUUCUGGUCUCGAGCGCGGACUUCGAUCAUCAGCGACGGUGGCCAAGAUUCCCUCAAGGACCAGCGCGCGAACGGAACCGUCACUUUCUGGUCUCGAGCGCGGACUUCGAUCAUCAGCGACCGUGGCCAAGAUUCCCUCAAGGACCAGCGCGCGAACGGAACCGUCACUUUCUGGUCUCGAGCGCGGACUUCGAUCAUCAGCGACGGUGGCCAAGAUUCCCUCAAGGACCAGCGCGCGAACGGAACCGUCACUUUCUGGUCUCGAGCGCGGACUUCGAUCAUCAGCGACCGUGGCCAAGAUUCCCUCAAGGACCAGCGCGCGAACGGAACCGUCACUUUCUGGUCUCGAGCGCGGACUUCGAUCAUCAGCGACGGUGGCCAAGAUUCCCUCAAGGACCAGCGCGCGAACGGAACCGUCACUUUCUGGUCUCGAGCGCGGACUUCGAUCAUCAGCGACGGUGGCCAAGAUUCCCUCAAUGACCAGCGCGCGAACGGAACAGUCACUCCCUGGUCUCGAGUGCGGACUUCAAUUAUCAGCGACCGUGGCCAGGAUUCUCUCGAGGACCACCACGACAAUUCUGCACGUGGUUCGGAAUGUUUGAUAAGAAGCAAAUGAAUCUACAAGGUCAGCAUGGAACCGCAACACGGUGUUGAUCGUCAAACGCCGAAGGCGAUCUUCAACACAGCCAACUUCGAUCAUCAGCGACGGUGGCCAAGAUUCCCUCAAGGACCAGCGCGCGAACGGAACCGUCACUUUCUGGUCUCGAGCGCGGACUUCGAUCAUCAGCGACCGUGGCCAAGAUUCCCUCAAGGACCAGCGCGCGAACGGAACCGUCACUUUCUGGUCUCGAGCGCGGACUUCGAUCAUCAGCGACGGUGGCCAAGAUUCCCUCAAGGACCAGCGCGCGAACGGAACCGUCACUUUCUGGUCUCGAGCGCGGACUUCGAUCAUCAGCGACGGUGGCCAAGAUUCCCUCAAUGACCAGCGCGCGAACGGAACAGUCACUCCCUGGUCUCGAGUGCGGACUUCAAUUAUCAGCGACCGUGGCCAGGAUUCUCUCGAGGACCACCACGACAAUUCUGCACGUGGUUCGGAAUGUUUGAUAAGAAGCAAAUGAAUCUACAAGGUCAGCAUGGAACCGCAACACGGUGUUGAUCGUCAAACGCCGAAGGCGAUCUUCAACACAGCCAACUUCGAUCAUCAGCGACGGUGGCCAAGAUUCCCUCAAGGACCAGCGCGCGAACGGAA